AAAUUUGCAUGGGGCUGAAACCAGCGUUCAGUAUAUAACGAAGAGAUGCUCAUGUUUCCGCUCUAACAUUAUGAGUCUUUGUUCCAAAGGCGGGAAGGAAGGCAACAACAGUUUAAGUCUGUAUUUUAUUCGAAUUGGGCGUCUCCGCGCUGAAACUAUACCACCAGAGAAAACAGCCGAUCGAGCGAAACACCUCCUACUUUAUGUAGCCCUGAUUCUGUCUGGCCAGAAGUAGUAUGACAUUUCGUCCAGACAGUCUAAAAAUACUGAAACAAACAAACCAAUUGUGCGCUGCCUUAUGGGACUCCAGUCACGGCCGGUUGUGAACCAGGGUGUCUGUGGGGACGCCUCCAACACUGAGACGCAGUGCAGACCGCUGCGCCACUCGGGAGCCACAGGCUUCUCUUAACAAAAUGGGCCACUAUUCUGAUAAUUGCUCUGAUGACUUGGAUACAUUUUGGGAUGAGUCGAGAAAUAAAUGUGUGCCAUGUCAUCAACAUCCACAGCAUCCGAUCCAACCAGGGCACGAAUUUAGUCCAAACUGUGGCAUGCAUGAUGAUGGGGGGAGGUCGGAAAUACCAUAUCGGAAAUGUGCGGCUCAGACCUUCAAUAAUGGGAGUUUCGUGAAAUGCCAACCCUGUUCUAGCUGCCCCCCAACUCAUCAAAAGCUGUCCGAAUGCAACAUCACGACAGACACGCAAUGCUGCGGAUCGAGGGACCAGACAGGCUGUCGGGAAGGAGUCCUGGGUACUACGACUCAACAGGUGCAACAGUCAACAAUGUUAAAGGUCCAAAUGUCAACAUCAAAUCCCACCACAGCCAAACACACUGAUCAAACCAUCAGACCACCAGACGUCAACCAUAAGACUGCAUGGAUAGUGCUUACUGUCAUCUUGGUUCUCGCUGUACUUGCAUUUCUCUUAUUCAUCUAUAUUAAGAAGAGAAGGGGAAGAUCAAGAGCCUUUUGCAUCAGAGGUAAGGAGAAUAAGCCAUGCUUCAUGGUCAGCCUUAAAGACUGCCUCCCAUCAGACAAUAUCCUGUACACCAACCAACAGUCAUGGACUAGUAGAAGAACAGCAGCUGUCAAUGAAGAGGUUGCUCUCCUACAGUCAGAGACAAGGAACCUAGAGGACAUUUUGAGUCCUAACCUCCAGUCUGCGCCACUGCAAACGGUUCUGGACAACCUGGAUGUUCUAGAGGAGCUUGUGAUCCUGCUGGACCCAGAGAUCCCUGGGGUAAAGAACACCAGCCACCUAGCAUCUCGCUGCUCCUUCCCCGCCACCUGGAUUACCUACACCUACUCCAUGAGGGACAGCAAGAGCCCCCUGAGGGCCGUGCUGGAGGGGGUCACCACCAAGCACCCAGACUGGACUGUAGGACAAUUGGCCAGGCUGCUGAGAGAGAUGGACCGGAACGACGCAGUGGUGGUGCUCACCAAACUCACCUUGUUUAAGGUUGUCUAGUCUGGGUGUGUUUUGUGUUGGGUCCGGAAAAGAUGGCUCCAUCCAGAUACAAUCACAAGUCUCUACCACCUGCAAAGGCACUGAGAUAUAACAGGAGGGCCAGUAGGAGGCAUGCUUUCCUUGGGGACCCCAAAGUCCCAAGGCAGUGAUUGGGAACACUGUUCUUUUGCAUUACGGUUCAAAUAAGAUAUUUAACUGUGAUAACAUGGCACUUAUUACUUAAAGCAGGGAUGUUAACCCCGGUGUCCUGAAAAAGAGGAGCCGCACACUCUAGUAGCUCAGAUGCAAUAAUGUAAUAACCUAAUAACCAACGUUUCGACAGACAAGCUGUCUUCAUCAAGGUAUAAUGACAAACACGGUGGGGUGACUAGUUUAUAUAGUGUCAAAGGACACACACGUGUCUGUAAUCAUGACCGGGUGUGGCUUGAUAUCGUUGGUUCAUUUUCAGAUAUAUAUAGAACAUACAAAAACAUGAAUCAUAGAUACAAUUUUGCUACAUCGGCCUACAAACCUAUACAAUGAAUAGUAAAAUCACAAAAAUGGCUUCAGAUCAAAGUCCAGGCAGCCUCUCGUUUUAACAAUAAAUUGUCGAGGUCCCCCCCACCCCCCUCUCCUAGUGAGGGUGACGUGUUCGAUGCCGAUAUAACGUGAGUACGAAAUCGGGUGGUUCACUUCCAAAAAGUGUGCCGCAACUGGGUAUGUUGAGUUUUUGCACCUAAUGGUGCUGUGAUGCUCUGAGAUCCGUAGUUUUAAUUCGUGCUUCAUUUUACCACUAGGACAAGUUAUAAGAUAAACAACACGUUUGAUUGGGAUCCGUUUCCCUGGUUGGGGCUUUUUUAUUUUUAUUUAACUAGGCAAGUCAGUUAAGAACAAAUUCUUAUUUUCAAUGACGGCCUAGGAACAGGUUACCUGCCUGUUCAGGGUCAGAACGACAGAUUUGUACCUUGUCAGCUCGGGGGUUUGAAUUUCAAUAGCUCCUUGGUCAUGUGACUUCAAACAAGGUUCAGAAUGUCCACUCAGUGUCCCUACACAUUGCACAACCUUUAGUUUGUCCAUUUUAAUCUUACAUGGUUUUACAUGAAUUUAUAAAAAUGUAGAAUUUCAAUAGCUCCUUGGUCAUGUGACCUAAUGUCCGCUGACUACCCUUCUAUAUUGCACACUCUUGUUUGUGUACUGUAAAAUCACGUGGUGUAACAUACCUUUUUCAUAAUUUCACAUUUGCAAUAGCUCCUUGGUCAUGUCAAUUACACACCUAAGAAGCAUGCAGUAGAUAUACACCCAUAUUGCAUAACCUCUAGUCGUGUAUCUUCUAUAUUGUUGUACAUUAUUAUUAGUUUGACAAUUAGGGGGUUCAGUCCAGUGUUUACCCUUUUCUUUAAUGUUUAUCUACAAUAGUUGGUCGUUCUAAGUACUUAUUUUCCCUGUUUUUUAUUUUUCCUAUUGUGUAUUUGGUACACAAUAGGAGAGAGACAGAUAAUAUCUCCUUUCGUCGUUAAUAUCAACCAUAAAGGAAAGGGGCAAAGUACGAGAGUCAUGCUAUUAAUUGUCCAAAGCAGGGAUGGAGCGGGAGCUAGUGAGGUAAGCUGCAGUGGGUUUGCUGGUCAAUACAUAUACUGAACAUGUAACCACAGUAUUGGUGGCCAGUAAAUCAAUUAAUAAAAAUGUUAUACUGACAAAUUAAA